AUGUGUCACAUGGGUCAGUGGUCAGUGCUGCUCCUGCUCAGUCUCACGUCUAUUGUCCAUUCCCAAAGCUGCAAAUGGCUUCACCCCCAGCAAGAAUAUCUCAACUCACAGAUCCUGAAGGCUUACAAUCAAAUGAACAAUUUAGAAGAAAGUGAUAAGACUUGUCAAGAGUAUCCUACUGAGCUCCCUUAUGAAGAGAGAAUCAAAAAUGUCUUACAGGUGGAAACUGCAGCUCUCGCUGUUAGAGAAGUUCUCAAUGAAACCAUCAGGUUCUACAGGAAACACCAUGAGAGUAUGGGGUGCAAGCAACAAGCCUGGGAAAGGUUUCAGCAGCUUCUCUACUAUCAGAUUCACCAACUGGAGGGCUGUAUCCCAGAGAUGGCAGAGAAUCAUCUGAUAAAAGAAGCAAUAUCAGAAGAAUUUCAUCUGCUGGAGAAGAUGGUCCUGGAGAAGGACAAUUCUGCUUGUGUCUGGGUUUUUAUCAGUUCGGAAAUCAGAAGGAAUCUACAACUGGUUCUGCAACUCUCCUCUCGCUUCAGAAGGCAGCACUUGUUACAGAGGACUCAGUAG